AUGGCGGCGUCCACUCGCAGCAUGCAGGGCGCCGUGCGGAGAGCGAUUUCCCCGGCGCUGGUGGUGAUUCUGGGAGCCACGGGCACCGGGAAGUCCAAGCUGGCGAUCGAGAUCGGAAAGCGGCUUCAGGGGGAAAUAAUCAGCGCCGACUCCAUGCAGGUGUACCAGGGCCUGGACAUCAUCACCAAUAAGGUGACGGCUGAGGAGCUCUCCCAGUGCCGACACCACAUGAUCAGCUUCGUGGACCCGCUGGUCAGCAGCUACACGGUGGUGGACUUCAGGAAUAAAGCUCUGGCUCUAAUGGAUGAAAUGCACGUCGGCGACACACUGCCGAUCGUUGUUGGAGGAACAAACUAUUACAUUGAGUCUCUGCUGUGGAAAGUCCUGCUGGAUUCAGGGCAGGAGAACGAAGAGUCAGGAGAUGGAGGAGAUGGAACCCCGAACAGGAAGUUGGAGCUGGAGAAACUGGGAGGAUCUGAGUUACACAAACGUCUGGCGGAGGUGGACCCCAAAAUGGCUGCCAUGUUGCACCCCAACGACAAACGCAAGAUUGCCAGGAGCCUUCAAAUCCACAAGGAGACAGGCAUCCCCCAUAGUCAGUGGUUGGAGGAGCAGAGGGGGCAGGAGGGAGGCAAUGGGCUGGGGGGACCACUGAGGUACCCAGACCCCUGCAUUUUCUGGCUGCAUGCUGACAUGGAAGCUCUAGACAAGCGGUUGGACGCUCGUGUAGAUGAGAUGUUAUCUGCAGGACUGAUUGACGAGCUCAGAGACUUCCAUGUCCGCUACAACCAGCAGAAAGUCCAGGAUGACAGUCAGAGCUAUCAACUUGGCAUUUUCCAGUCGAUUGGUUUUAAGGAGUUUCAUGCCUACCUGACCGCUCCGGAAAGCAGCACCCAGCAAGAGAAAGAUGCACUACGGGUCAAAGGUGUAGAGGCUGUGAAGAUCGCUACGAAGCGCUACGCCCGCAAACAGAAUAAAUGGGUCCGAAACCGCUUUCUUAAACGUCCGGGAGACAACGUGCCACCAGUGUAUGGCCUGGAUGUGACGGACGUGUCGAGGUGGGAGGAGACGGUGCUGAACCCUGCACUGCAGAUACUGGACAGUCUCAGUAAGGGUGAGGAGCCGACAAUUCCACCAAUCAGAGUACAGGAGGCGGGGCAGAAAAACAAACGGAGCCUCCACACCUGUGACUUGUGUGACAAAGUGAUUAUCGGUGACCUCGAGUGGACAGCUCACCUGAAGUCCAAGAAGCAUCACUAUCAUGUGAGGAAGAAGAGGAAGACGGAUCCAGCCUGUGGAUCUCAGGGUCCAACUGACGCUCCUGUGUCUGCAGCAGAGACCCUCCCGAAGGACGCCGUCGCCCUGGGCUCCACAGAAACUUUCCAGGAGUCCUCCCAAGACGCCAGGACGACACACGAGGAAGUACCGGUGACACUUAAGCAGCUGGACUGACUCCGGACCACACACACGUUUAUUCAGGCUCCCACCGCGGGUCUGCUCUCACAACUGGAAUUCUCCUUCUAGUCUUUAUAGAAUCACAAAUAUUUUUUUCCACUUUCACUGGGAUUCUUCUGGGAUCGUCUCUCCUUGGGAUACCGUCUCGCCUCCCACUGAGUUCCAUUAAUUCCUGCAAAUCAUCAUUUGUCGAAGCUGUUAAAUUUCAAAAGGAUGAAAAGGAUAUUCCAGCCCUGAGAACUCAUAACACGGAUCCUCACUGAAUGUGGAUAACAAGAGACUUUUCUUUUCUCACUUGUACUCGUCCAUGAGCCUGGAUCCGUACAGAGGUUCUUGUUUGAAGGUCUGGACAAGUUGUCAUUUUGGAUAAAUUAGAUGCUACUUGCAAUGCACAGACAAGAAGGAAAGUUUUUAUUUCUUGCUUUAGAUUAUUAAAAGAAAGUUUAUUUUUCUAUUUUUGCUGAAUAUGCCUUAAACUGAGAGCGUGACCUUUCACCCGGUUGGGACUGAAUGAAUCCUCCGUGUCAGGAACUUUGUCUCUUUGCCUCAAGUUCAACCCAAGUCACCCUGCACUUUAAACUUAAUCCAUAUAUUU